AUGCCCUCGACGUCUCAGCUUCCAAAGACGAUCCCAACAUUGGACUUUUCACUGCUCUCUCAUGACGAGACUAAGCACCAGUUCCUACAAGAGCUCAGGGAUGCGUUGUUCCACCAUGGGUUCUUCUACCUCUCGAACGUUCUGCCAGAGGCUGCUUUCCAGGACAUCAAGUCUGAGUCGCUGAAGUUCUUUGAUAUCCCCCUCGAGGAGAAGCUCAAGGUUGCGAUGGUGCACUCGAAGCACUUUCUGGGGUAUAACGGGCUAGGCGAUGAGAUCACUGCGAAGAACGUUGAUUGGAGAGAACAGGUUGAGUUUGCCACCGAGCUGCCGGAGCCCAUCAUCACGGAUGAAGAGCACUUGUACAAGAACCUGGAAGGCCCAAACCUGUGGCCAUCUUCUCGCUAUCUGCCGUCUUUCAGACCAACAGUCAGUGGGUACAUUGACGAGCUCUCUGAGCUCGCACGCACCCUGUCGUCCGCAAUAGAAGAUGCCAUUGGCGUUCCAAGUGGUUCUCUGCAAAAGUUCUUCAAGGAAAUCCAGCAGGCAAAGCUGAAGAUCAUCAAGUACCCCGAUCUCUCGUCAAGAUCAGCAGAUGUUGCCUCUGUGAAGAGGGAAUUCGAUAAUAGCCAGUUCAAGACCGAGCUGUUCCAAGGUGUUGGCGAGCAUCGUGAUAAUGACUUCUUGACGCUGAUCUACCAGGCAACACCACAUAACAGCCUCCAAGUGAAGGACUAUAACGGUGACUGGAUCGACGUCCCACCGGUGGAGAACACGCUGGUCUUCGCUGUUGGUAUGACUCUGGAGUACAUCACGCAGGGAGUAUGUGUCUCGACAGUUCACCGUGUGCUGAGUCCAGUCCCAGGCCAGGGUGAUCGUCUCUCUGUAUCGUUCUUCCAGUCCAUUGACAUCGAGUCCAAGAAGGAGAACGUUGAAAUAUCCGACGAGGCAAAGAAGCUUGUUGCUGAGCGUGAUGCCUCAAGAAUCAAGAACAAGAUCGGAUUCCAAUUCCAAGUAGCUGAGGACAAGCCUGUCGGGUACAGUGUCUUCCUCAACCGUAUAAAAAGCCAUCCAAAAGUUGGUGAAAGAUGGUACCCGAAGAUCAACAAGUGGGUUCUUGAGCAGGUUAAAGAGUCUGCAAACUGUUGA